AGUCUUCUGUCUUUCCUCCUCCUCCGCGGCAGGGGGCGCUGUGGCAUCUGCAGCUGCAUCCGAGGGAACUUCCGGUAUGCUACGGCGGCUAAGCGCCUCCUGUUGUUGUUAACAUUUCUCACAACUUAUGGUGUAAAAGGGGCGCUUGUGACCCAAAUCAGCCCGGUCUGCCCCAGCUCAGCGCACCAUGGACAUCCCUAACCCGCCUGAAGAUCAAGAGUUGAGGAACGUCAUCGACAAGCUGGCCCAGUUUGUGGCCCGAAAUGGACCCGAGUUUGAAAAGAUGACCAUGGACAAGCAGAAGGACAACCCCAAGUUCUCCUUCCUGUUUGGCGGCGAGUUCUUCAGCUACUACAAGUGCAAGCUGGCCCUAGAGCAGCAGCAGCAUCCCUCCAUUCAAGAAGGGGAGGAUUGUAAAUCAAAAGAUGCCUUCAACCCAGGAGCCAAGGAUGUGGUUGACCUCCCCCCUCCCGCGCUGCAAAUGGUGGUUCCACCUCAGAUUCCUCCCCCAGCUGCACAACCCAUUGAGGAGCUCAUCCAACAGAGCCAGUGGAACCUGCAGCAGCAGGAGCAGCACCUGCACACACUCAGACAGGAGCAGAUGUCUGCUGCCAUCGCUCUGGCCAUGGAGCAGCAGAACCAGAAGCUGCUGGUGGAAACUCAGCUAGACAUUACAGAGUUGGACAACUUACUGCAACCCAUCAUCGACACCUGCACCAAGGACGCCAUCUCUGCUGGUAAGAACUGGAUGUUCAACAACGCCAAGACUCCGCAGCACUGUGAGCUGAUGGCAUCACACCUCUGCAACCGCAUCACUGCUGACAGUGCGCACUUUGAGCUCCGCCUACACCUGAUCUACCUGACCAAUGAUGUGCUUCAUCACUGCCAGCGGAAGCAGCAGAAGGAUCUGUUGGCGGCAUUGCAGAAGGUUGUGGUUCCCAUCUACUGCACCAGCUUCCUGGCUGUGGAGGAGGAGAAGCAGCAAAAGAUCACCAGACUGUUGCAGUUGUGGGAGAAAAAUGGCUACUUUGAUGAGGAGACCAUUCAGCAGCUCCAGAAUCCAGCUUUGGGUCUUGGACAGUACCAGGCAUCUCUGAUCACUGAGUACGCUGCUGUGGUGCAGCCCAUCCAGCUGGCCUUCCAGCAGCAGAUCCAGACCCUAAAGUCCCAACAUGAGGAGUUUGUUUCCAGCUUGAAGCAGCAGCCUCCACCUUCGGCUGUAGGUCAGCUGGCUGCUCCAGCUGAAUCAGAGAAACCUCCACCCAUGACCCCUCAUGACGGAGAUGGAAAGCCUCCCAUGUCUGGGCCUCCUCCAGGAGACUUUGAACCUCCAAGACCUCAGGACUCAAGCAGCUCUGCGGGACCCUCAGACAUCCCACCCAACAAGCCCGGCUGGUUUGAUCCACAGCACAUCGGGCCUUGGAACCCCAACCAGCCGCCUCCGUUUGACCCAAAUCAGCCCCCCCCUCCUUGCCCUCCGUGGAACAGCCAUGACAACAUGUGGAAUGACCAGAGAGACCCUGGGAACUGGGGUGGGGGUCCUCCCAGAGAAGGAGGUCCCUGGAGUGGACCGGCCGGGUCAGACCCGGGCCCCCCGGCCUGGAACUCCUUUGAGCAGCAGCCGCCGUGGGGAAACCAGCCUGAGCAGCCCCCUUGGGGUCAAAGGGAGCCCCCGUUUCCGCCACGCAUGCAGAGACCCCCCCAUUUUAGAGGACCUUUUCCCCCGCACCAGCAGCCUCCACCCUUCAACCAACCCCCUCCACCACCCCAUGGAUUUGGGCGCUUCCCCCCUCGGUUCAUGCAGGAUGACUUUCCCCCCAGACACCAUUUUGAGAGGCCGUACACCCCCCACCGCUUCGACUACGCUCAGGGCGACUAUCCUGGAGAAAUGCCGGGACCCCCUCCUCCCCCCCACCACCCCAGCCCGAGGCUCCCACCGCCAGGCAUGGCAGCAGAGCAUCCUCCCUGGGCGGGGGGCCAGCACCCAGAGUUUGGCCCCACCCAGCACGGCUUCAAUGGCCACUCGCCACAUGUGCGCCAGCGCCAGCCCCCAGUCCAGGACGACCCCAGCCUCGUGCCCAACGUGCCGUACUUCGACCUGCCGGCGGGGCUCAUGGCCCCCCUGGUCAAACUGGAGGAUUCUGACUACAAACCUCUGGACCCCAAGGACAUCCGCCUGCCACCCCCCAUGCCCCCUAGUGAGCGCCUGCUGGCCGCAGUGGAGGCGUUCUACAGCCCUCCCUCCCACGAUCGGCCCAGGAACAGUGAGGGAUGGGAGCAGAACGGACUGUACGAGUUCUUCAGAGCCAAGAUGAGGGCCCGGAGGAAGAAAGAGCAAGAAAAGAGGAACAGCGCCCGUGGAGGCAGCCGCUCUAGGAGUCGCUCUCGCAGCAGAGGAAGGUCUUCAUCUCGCUCCAGUUCUCGUUCCUCCAAAUCCUCCAGGUCCCGAUCCCGAUCUUCCCACUCCCGCAGCCGCUCGCGCUCCUACUCACGGUCCAGGUCCAGGAGUCGAUCCCGAUCAUCUCAGAGUCGCUCUAGGUCCAGAUCCCGCUCCCGUUCACCGUCUAAGCGGCGCCGUGGCCACACGUCCCGCAGCUCCUCCCCUUCGUCUGUGGGACUGCUGGCCACGCCCUCCUCCAAACCGCCUUCAGACGCCCGCCUGGGAGAGGAGAACAAGGGUCACCAGCUGCUCAUGAAGAUGGGCUGGAGUGGUUCUGGUGGACUGGGGGCCAAGGAGCAGGGCAUACAGGACCCCAUCAAAGGGGGGGACAUCAGGGAUAAGUGGGAUCAGUACAAAGGGGUGGGGGUGUCGCUCGACGACCCCUAUGAUAACUAUCGCAGGACCAAAAGCUACAACUUUGUGGCCCGGAUGAAGGCACGAGAAGAAGUCAAUAAGGAACCUCAGGAGCCCCCUCCGGCUGAAUGAUGUCAUCCAACAGCAUCAUGUGACCCACCUCCUCCCCCCUCAUGUUCAAAUAGACCUGGCAUUGCACGGGAACGGCGGGAAGAAGCCGCGGGACGGGUCACAUGGGAAUCGAGCAGCUUCCCAUGGAGGACAGGAUGCAUUCGGUCGUUCUUCCUGCGCUGAGCUGAGCGUCUGCAGACGGUUUUGCUUUCGUUUGGUGUUGAAUUUUGAGUGUAGAUUCAGUUUCUCCUCUGAGACGAGUGUUUUUUACCAUUUCUUCCUGCCGUAUCAGCAUGGCCUGUGUGGGCCGCGCCUCCAUGUGUUAGUUAUGUUGACUGUAGGUAAAAUAAGGCUGUAACAGAUUUUCUCCUGAAGGUCAAUAAACAUGAUUGACUCACA